AGGAUCCUUGUAGCCCCGGCAGCGAAUCGUCAGCGUCGGAAACGGAUUUCAUGUGGUGCUUGCUAAACACUGAGUCACCAUGAGUAGUAAUCUAGGAAAAGAAAAAGACUGUAAGGAGAAGGAUCCAAAAGUCCCAUCAUCAAAAGAAAGGGAGAAGGAGGCCAAAGCCUCUGGAGGAUUUGGGAAAGAGGGCAAAGAAAAGGAGCCUAAGACCAAAGGGAAAGAUGCCAAAGAUGGAAAGAAGGACUCCAGUAGCACGCAGCCUGGGGUGGCCUUUUCAGUGGACAAUACGAUAAAACGACCUAACCCAGCCACAGGUACCCGCAAAAAAUCCAGCAAUGCUGAAGUGAUCAAAGAGCUAAAUAAAUGCCGGGAAGAGAAUUCCAUGCGCUUGGACUUGUCCAAGAGGUCGAUACACAUGCUUCCGUCAGCCGUCAAGGAGUUAACGCAAUUAACGGAACUUUAUUUAUACAGUAACAAACUGCAGUCUCUCCCGGCAGAGGUGGGCUGCCUUGUGAACCUGGUGACACUGGCCCUGAGCGAAAACUCGCUCACCAGUUUGCCUGACUCUCUCGAUAACUUGAAGAAACUGCGCAUGCUUGACCUCCGGCACAACAAACUGCGCGAAAUCCCCUCCGUCGUCUACCGGCUACACUCGCUCGCCACGCUUUACCUACGCUUUAAUCGUAUAACUACUGUGGAAAAGGAUAUCAAAAACUUGUCAAAACUCACCAUGCUUAGCAUACGGGAGAACAAAAUCAAGCAACUACCUGCUGAAAUUGGUGAGUUGUGUAACCUCAUAACGCUGGAUGUAGCGCACAAUCAGCUUGAACAUCUUCCAGAGGAGAUUGGAAGUUGCACGCAGAUCACCAAUCUGGACUUGCAGCACAAUGAGCUCUUGGACCUGCCAGAAACCAUAGGAAACCUGUCCAGUCUAAGCCGUCUUGGCCUAAGGUACAACAGGCUGUCGGCAAUUCCGAAGUCCUUAGCGAAGUGCAGCGAACUUGACGAGCUGAACUUGGAGAACAACAACAUUUCUAGUCUACCCGAGGGUCUUUUAUCCAGUCUUGUCAAAUUGACUAGUUUAACACUGGCCAGGAACUGCUUCCAGUCCUACCCUGUGGGCGGCCCGUCCCAGUUCUCCACAAUCUACUCCCUCAACAUGGAGCACAACCGCAUCAAUAAAAUCCCCUUUGGAAUUUUCUCUAGAGCUAAAGUUUUAAGUAAGCUGAACAUGAAGGACAAUCAGCUGACCUCGCUCCCCUUGGACUUCGGGACUUGGACAAGCAUGGUGGAACUGAACCUAGCUACUAAUCAGCUCACAAAAAUCCCCGAGGACGUAUCUGGGCUUGUUUCUCUUGAGGUUCUUAUCUUGUCAAACAAUCUCCUAAAGAAACUUCCCCAUGGAAUUGGAAAUCUACGGAAACUCCGAGAGUUAGAUCUAGAGGAAAACAAACUGGAAUCCUUGCCAAAUGAAAUAGCUUACCUCAAGGAUCUGCAGAAAUUGGUUCUGACCAAUAAUCAGUUGACCACCCUUCCCAGAGGUAUUGGUCACCUUACCAAUCUAACGCACCUUGGGCUUGGAGAGAAUCUCCUCACACACCUUCCUGAGGAAAUUGGUACACUGGAGAAUCUGGAAGAACUGUAUUUGAAUGACAACCCCAAUCUGCACAGCCUUCCCUUUGAGCUGGCUCUUUGCAGCAAACUGUCAAUAAUGAGUAUUGAGAACUGCCCGCUCAGCCACCUUCCACCUCAGAUUGUUGCGGGAGGACCCUCCUUUAUCAUCCAGUUCCUAAAAAUGCAGGGACCAUAUCGUGCCAUGGUCUGAUGCUAAUCGGAUUGUCCAAUACACUGUUCAAAAUACCAACUGCAUUAAUGUUGUAAUUGUCUGCAUAUAUAUAUAAUAUAAUAUGUAGCUUAUAUUAUAUUAUAUAUAUAUAAAGUAUAUAAAUAAUAUAAAAAGGCAAAUUUAAGACUGCAUUAUGUGUUUCUGCUAAUAGAGGAAUCAUAGCCAUUUAGAUUUUUUUUUUAAUUCUGUAAAAAUGCUUGUGUAAGUUUUCUUUGCUGAAUUUGAUGGAAGUUGUCUGAGUAAUCUGGAAAUACCAGUUCAUUUAAAGCAAUUGCCAAUGAACUCAAAAUUUUAAAUUUAAGGGACAAAAAUAGUUUUGCUUAGAUUUACUUUCAGUUAAGAGAAAUGUAUAACCUUUAUAUAAUGAACUUUUCUGUUAUCCUCCCUCUUUUUUUGUGUCAAAACCUGAAAGGGUGAUGUGUCCUGAGGUUGGGAUUUUCUUUUAACUUAUUUUGAGAUUUGAAGCAAAUGAUGUUUUUUAUAUUGUUUACAGUCAGAGUAAAUCACUGGAGUUUGUUUUAUUUUGAUUUGCUCUGUUUUAAUCAUAUCUAGAAUUUAUAUGCCUCUGCUGAUGAAAUUUUAUCAACCGGUUCAUGUACUAAAACCACACUCAUCAGAACAACUAGCAGGUGAAAAGGAUGCAGUCAAAACAAAAGAAAGGAGAAAAAAAAGGAAAAAAAAAAAAGCUUGAAUUCUUUUAAGUCUCGCUUCCCUGAGUUAUCAGUUGCAGGCAUAACAUAUCUGAACUGAGCCUUUUGCGGAUGGUCUUUUCUAGCACAAGUAAACCUUUUCAGAUUGGUAAAAAUGUGGAGUAUUCUCAGUGAAGAGCAGUUUUCAUUUUGUGAAGUAACAAUUCCAUAAGGUCUGACAGUACAGCUAAGUGGCAAGGAAAUAAUAUAUGUACAUUUUUAUUACAAUGUUGAGUCAUAAACUACCAUGGGAAGUUUUAAGGAUUACUUAUAGUUCUGUACAAUAAAUGAAUGUGUCUUACUUUUAAACACUGCAAUAUAUGUAAGUUUUAAGGUUGGUUAACAAUGUACUUUGGUUUUAUAUCUUGACUUGCUUUGUACCUCCUUCCAUUAUGGAACUUCUGUGUCCAAGCACAAUAUCUUCACACUGUGCUGUUUUGCUGCUGAACUAAAUGCACUUUUCCCCACAGCUGGGGCACUUGCUUCAAAAUA